ACGCUCCCGAGCCAGCCGGCGCGGGGAGGCCCGCGGGGCGGGGAGGCCGCGCCCGAGCGCCGAGCGCCGAGCGCAGGAUCCGCCGGGGCCGGAGCGACCGCGCUCAGGGGACUCCAAGGCCCAGGCGGCUCCGACCCCCCGAGGUCGAGUGGCCCAGCGCCCGCCGCUCGGGGACGCCGAGCGGGAGAACCGAGCGCAUCCUGCCCGCGGGCGGCGCCGGCCCCGCGGGGGAAUUCGGGCGAGGUGAAGCCGGGCCCGGCGGCCUAGAACGCCGGUCCAGUGGCGCCCGCCCGGCCGCCCGCCCGCGGGCCACCGCCAGCGAACAUGGAGGCGGGCCCGGGCGCCGCCGAGGGAAACGGACCCAUCGCUGUGAUCCUGCCGCUCGGACCCUCGCGCGCCGCCGGUGGGGAAUACGGGGUGCUCUGCAUUCAAGAAUACAGGAAAAGCAGCAGAGUGGAGUCAAGUGUGCGGAACAGCUUCAUGGGCUUGAAAGAUCACCUGGGGCAUGACCUUGGCCACCUUUACAUGGAGAGCACUGACCCGCAGAUAAGUGCAGCUGUGCCUUGGCCUAUGGUGGAGAGACCGACAAUGGAAACAGUCAGUUCAGGGAAGGAAGAGAAAGAGGUGUCUGAAGAGAAUGUGAGCUCCGGCGACUCUGAAGAGAGUACAAGUUCGGAUCCUGAGUCAGGACAGCUGAGUAGCCUUUCAGUAGAGCCCUGCCUGUUAACCAAGACUCACAGGCAGUUAUGUCGGUCCCCUUGCUUAGAGCCUCACCUGCUCAAACACAGUGACAUUUUGCAAGACUUUAAACCAGAUGGGUCCCAGACUCCAUCCAAGGAUGUGAAAAAAAACCCUGAUGUGCUUCGAGAAUACCAAACAAAACUGGAGUUUGCACUGAAGUUAGGUUAUUCUGAAGAACAGGUCCAGCUUGUACUAAACAAACUUGGUACUGAUGCUUUAAUCAAUGACAUAUUGGGAGAACUUGUCAAACUUGGAAAUAAAAGUGAAGCUGAUCAAACAGUUAGUACUAUAAACAGUGUAAUGCGGGAAACAUCAUCACUGGAAUCUCAGAGGUCUGAAUCUCCAAUGCAAGAGAUUGUAACAGAUGACGGGGAAAAUCUGAGACCAGUAGUUAUUGAUGGCAGCAAUGUGGCAAUGAGCCAUGGAAACAAAGAAGUAUUUUCCUGCCGAGGAAUAAAAUUGGCAGUGGAUUGGUUUUUGGAAAGAGGCCACAAGGAUAUUACGGUUUUUGUUCCUGCUUGGAGAAAAGAGCAAUCCCGACCUGACGCUCUCAUCACAGACCAGGAAAUUCUGCGGAAACUAGAGAAGGAAAAAAUCCUGGUCUUUACACCUUCACGGCGCGUCCAGGGCAGGCGAGUGGUAUGCUAUGAUGACCGGUUCAUCGUGAAGCUGGCUUUUGAGUCUGAUGGUAUAAUUGUGUCCAACGAUAACUACAGAGAUUUGGCGAAUGAGAAACCGGAAUGGAAGAAGUUCAUAGAUGAGCGGUUAUUAAUGUAUUCCUUUGUCAAUGACAAGUUCAUGCCUCCUGAUGACCCACUUGGAAGACAUGGCCCAAGUCUAGAUAAUUUUCUGAGGAAGAAACCCAUUGUUCCUGAGCACAAAAAGCAACCUUGUCCAUAUGGGAAGAAGUGUACCUACGGACACAAGUGCAAAUAUUACCACCCAGAGAGGGGCAGUCAGCCACAGCGGUCAGUAGCUGAUGAACUGCGUGCCAUGUCUAGAAACACAGCCGCCAAACCCACAAACGAAGGAGGACUGGUGAAGAGCAACAGUGUUCCUUGUAGCACCAAGGUUGAUAGCACUUCGGACGGUAAGCGAGGUGCUCCAAAGAGGCAGUCAGACCCGAGCAUAAGGACUCACGUCUACCAAGACAUAGAGGAAAAGCUUCCCACCAAAAACAAAUUGGAAACCAGGUCUGUACCUUCCUUAGUUAGUAUACCGGCCACUUCUACUGCAAAACCCCAAAGCACUACAUCUUUAAGCAAUGGCCUUCCAUCUGGAGUUCAUUUCCCACCUCAGGAUCAAAGACCACAGGGGCAGUACCCUCCAAUGAUGAUGGCAACCAAAAAUCAUGGAACGCCAAUGCCUUAUGAACAGUAUCCAAAAUGUGACUCUCCUGUGGACAUUGGAUAUUAUUCCAUGUUGAAUGCAUAUUCAAAUCUGAGCAUCUCAGGCCCCCGAAGUCCUGAAAGGCGUUUCUCCUUAGACACUGACUAUCGAGUCAAUUCUGUAGCUUCAGACUGCAGCAGUGAGGGGAGCCUGAGCUGUGGGAGCAGCGACUCCUAUGUGGGGUACAGUGAGCGCCCCUAUGUCAGCUCUCCUGACCCACAGCUGGAGGAGAAUCUCAAGUGUCAGCACAUGCACCCUCACAGCCGCCUUAACUCCCAGCCCUUCCUGCAGAAUUUCCACGACCCCUUAACCAGAGUGCAAAGUUACAGUCACGAAGAACCAAAGUUCCAUCACAAGCCUCCUCUUCCACACCUGGCUAUGCAUCUGCAGCACCCUGCUGUGGGUGCCCGCUCCAGCUGUCCCGGGGAUUACCCCUCUCCACCAAGCUCCGCACACUCUAAGGCACCACACCUAGGGAGGUCCUUAGUGGCCACGAGAAUAGACAGCAUUUCUGAUUCUCGACUCUAUGAUAGUUCUCCUUCAAGACAAAGAAAGCCUUACUCACGCCAGGAAGGCCUGGGAAGCUGGGAUAGGCCAAGCUACGGGAUGGAUGCAUAUGGCUAUCGGCAGACAUACUCUUUACCCGAUAACUCCACACCCCCGUGCUAUGAGUCAGUCACCUUCCAGAGCCUGCCUGAGCAGCAGGAGCCCACCUGGCGAGUCCCGUACUGUGGCAUGCCACAAGAUCCUCCGAGGUACCAGGACAACCGAGAGAAGAUUUAUAUCAACUUGUGCAACAUCUUCCCACCUGACCUUGUAAGGCUCGUCAUGAAAAGGAAUCCUCAUAUGACAGAUGCCCAGCAGCUUGCUGCAGCCAUCUUAGUGGAAAAAUCUCAGCUGGGUUAUUGAAAAGAUGAUGCAUCUUUGUGGUGUUGAGUAGUUUUUUGUUCAGCUCAGAUGCUGAGGGAGGUUUGCUACAAUAGCACAUGUGCUCUCCUUCUCAGCAAGGAGGUUAUAUAGUAUCCAUUGUUGUGAACUACUGUAUCAUGGAAUCUGUAUGGAACCCCACUUGGUGGACGGAUCACGGGAUUGCUUUACAUUCAAACUCUUUUUUAAACAUUUCCUUUUUAAAGCUAUACACUUGGCUGGAAGUUUCUCCAGUUUGAUUUAAUAGAUGUAUCUGUGAUCUUUGAUAUUCCUCUUUGGUGCAUCAGGGGUUUAUAUGCAGCACUUUUUAUCCUUGUUUCCUGUCUUAUUAACUUGGUGUUUGUCUGUCAACUGCAAGCAAUUGCAGUACCUUCAAAAUGUGGAGGUACUGGACUAGACCUAGCAAACUAUUUCCUCAAGCCAAGCUUAACUAGAAUCCUUUACAGCUUUUUAAGUUAUUUUUAUUUGGGGAAAGUGGGCUUCUUUGUGCUAUAAUCAUUAUUUAUAGAAACAAAGAUAUACUACAGCACUGACUUUAUAUUUUAAACAAAAUGUAAGUUACCAGUUAUAUUAAAAUGAGUAAUAGUAUAUAUUAGAAUGAUUUUCAGUAUGGCACUUUUUAUUAUUUUAUUUUUGUUUGGAUGUUUCCUGUUAAGAAAAAUAGUUGAUUUUAAAUGGUCAGUUUAAAAGAAAGCAGAUGCAAUCAAUGGAAAAAAAAUGUUUCCAUUUCCUUUUUUAUGAAUAAGGCAAAAGCCUUAACUAUUACAGGUUAAAGCUUUGGUUUCCAGCUAAAAUGUGCUUCUUGACAGUAGAAAUGAGAUGACCGAAGCCCUGGCUUUCCAUUAACAUGUGUUUUGAUGUCUGUCUUUCUGUGGGAGGCACAAUACUGGAUGAAUAACCCUUUCACAGUUCUUGCCUGUUUUUAAUGAAUCUAAGUAUUCUCAAUGCAACUUUUCUAUUUAAUACACUCUAGCUUUCCUGCUAUUUAUCAAGGCUGGCCUGAGGUGGUCUGAUGAUGUGUUGAGGAUAUGCAACAUUUAUUGAUACUGCACUAUAGAAAUGGCAAUGGAGGACAUGUAAAUGGUAACUUAAAUUUUUUGUAAGAUAUUGUAUAUUUUCCAUUUUCCUGAAGGUAGUUUUUUUGGGGGGCCUAUUAUAUUAUUAAGGCCAGACUCUUGCCACAAAUAGUGUAGUUUUAGAUACAGACUAAAGUCUGUUCUAGUAUUAGUAAGGGAUAUUUCUGGUUGCAAAGUCAUGGGUUAUGCUUGCUGUAGUGACAUUUCUGAGGAUUGGAAGAUGGGUUAUGAUCAGUGCAGACAGAGUUGUGCUGGACAGAAUUUGACCCUGAAUCACUUCAUGUAAAGGACAAGUCCAGCUCUGGUCUGUCAUCAGCCUGGAUGCUCUGGUCUCGGUGGUCCUGCAGCCUGAGAGAGGCAAAGCCCUGAAAACCAGAAAGUACCUUUUACUGUUGAUACAAAUUGUAUCUUUUUAACAAUAAGAACUAUUUUGAUUUGUAGAUCUAGUUAAAAACACAAAUGUGUAACUAUAAUUAGACUUUUGGGCAACAUUUUAUCCCUUAUUUAAAUACAAAAUUUUAAAGUAAAAUUGAAAACUAGAAUAGGAUAGAAAAUAAAACUAACAAUUAAGGUAAAUAAGGGUGUCUGUCUUAGUUUUAUAUAUUAAAAUAUAUUAAAUAAAUUUAUUGGCAUUUUCUUUCUCCUAAAAACUUACCUAGUGUGAACUUAUCUUAAAAUAAAGGUAAAAUGCUGCCUGAAAAUAACGUCCAAGCAUCUUCGACUAGGAUAACAUUUUCCCUACUCGUGUGACACUGUGUGUCGCAUGGAGCAGGGCUUGGGUACACAGUAAAUGCUUCGAAACGGCAUUGUGCAUAUUAGCAUAUCCAAUAAUCUGAACCAUGUUCAGCAAACUUAAUUCAGGAGAGUGAUGUUCUGCAGUUACUGCUGUUGUGUUGGAGUGAGUGUGGCGCACAUCUUUACCAAGAGUGGUGCAGGUGGUGUCACAGCGGCCAUUCCGAGUGCUGUCUGUCUGAGAGUGGCACCACUGACUUGUGAGACUGUCCUUGACUUUGUCAGUCAUUCGCUGAAGGACAUGUGGAAUUGUGGAGGCCAAAUGAGCGUCAGAAGCAGGGUUGCAGAGGAGGGCUCCUUCCAGCCCGUCUCCCCAGGCAGUGUGUGGCUGGAGCGGGGGUCCCUUCAGGUGAGCAAGUCACUUUUGCUUCAUUUUAGCACUGUGAUUAUUUGGAAAUGGGCAAACUUGACUAGAAAGACUUAAGGGAGACCUUAGGGAAGAAGGAUAUGACUUUUCAAAUUUGGCCUUCUAAUGAUUUUAGCUGACUAGUUACCCUCCUUUUCAUCUUUAAUAGAAUCCAUGCCACUGUCAUGGAGUGGGCAGCCCUGAGCCACCCACACCUACGUUUCUCAGUACCAUUAGCUGUGUGCUAAGGGAAAGUUUUCUGAGGACAGGAGGACAGCCUGUCCCCUUUAGUGAAGCACCAACGUUGCUUGCAGAGUUUAACGUAAUUGGCAGACUUUAGCUACAUCCAAUUCUCAAAAAUCUCAAGUAAUAAGUAACAGGAGUCCGUUACUAAGCUCAUAGCUGAUCAUAAACCUUAAUUCUAGCUAAAAUAUUUCUUCCCAAUGGCUAAUUCCUAUUUACCAGACUUUCUAAAAUAAAUAAAUAAACAACCUGAAAAUGGUGUGUUAAUAAGUAGUAAAAAUGUCAGAAUUGGUCAGCUGAUUAAAAAGGACUCAGACUGGAAUAUUCUGCCCCUGAAUAUAAUAGACAGUUGACUGUACUUCAUGCAGUAAUUAGCAGUUUGUUUGUCCCUGUGUCUUAGUCCAGAGGGAAUAGUACCUAACUGGCCAAAGUGGCCCUUAGAAUUUCCUCUUUUCUUGCAUGUCAUACAGAUGUUUUCAGUCCCAUUAUCCUAAUGGGAGUUUGUCACUGACCUAAACAGUGAAAGUAAUGGUCACCAGUAUAAAAUAGUUGACACUGGUGGAAACUUGAAUUUUGUGUUUUUAUGAAAAUACAUUUAUGAGAAUAUGUAAUAUACCUGAAGAUGGUGUUUUAUAUAUACACACAUUUGUUAUGAAGUAUUAAAAAAAUGGGGGGUUGUCUUUUAAUGGAUAGCAUUUUCCUGCUUGAACUAUGUUUCUUUGAGUUGUGUGACCAAGUUCAGGGUCUGUUUGACCAAUGAUAAGAUUCAGAACUACUUACAUGGAAGGAAACACUUGGUUGGUUUUAUUCUUGGUAUUUUAAAGAUUAUUUUGAUAAUUUUAAUAGAAUGUGUAAUUUUUAAAUACACAAAAGUAGUAUUGAUUAUACAAAUGAUUAUUUAACAUGUCUUUUAUGGAUGUAUCUAUAUGUAUAUAGACAGUAAUAUAUUUAUAAAACAAAUAUACUUUAUGUUGUAUUUUUUAGUUUAUGAUAGAUGUGAGGAAUGUGUGUGUAUGUAUGUAUGUAUGUAUGUAUGUAUGUAUGUAUGUGUGUAUACACAUGUAUCAAUGCCUGUCUGCUGUCUGCCUUUCUGUAUGUGAAAGCUGAAACCCUUUCCCUGUCUUGCUGGUAUAUACCCUAAAUUGUAUUUGGUUUGUGUUUCUCCUUUUUCUAUCCUGUUUCCUUAUUCAAGAGAAAAUAAGAGAGACAGUUUUCUAGUCUCUCUGUUGCUGGGUGGCUCUUCCAUUUUAUUAAUCUCUAAUCCUUAGAGAAUGCCUGACAUCAAGCAGAUUAUGGCUAGAGAUAAUGAUUGUGUUCCAAAUAUAUUAAAAGUGAAAAAUCCAGCUGUAGUGUAAAAGUUUCAGGAUGAACAAAAUAAAGCAUAGAAGACUGUCACACAUACUUCAGAAUGUGAGGAAGCCAGGUACCUGCGUGUGAAAGCAAAGACAUUGUGUUCUAGAUGCUUUAGGAAUUAAACCCUAGGUGAUGUGCCAACAACUCUUUCUGUAUAGGAUCUGGUAAUAAAUAAUUCAGGCCUCUCAGAGAAUCAAAGAGUCUUUUAAAAACUGCUCACCUUUGCCUUUACAGUGUAAAAGUCACAGGCAGCAUAUAGAUAAAAAUGUGACUUUUUAAAUAAGAUUUUAUUUACAGAAACAAGCGUCAGGCCAGUUUUUACCUGUGGGCCAUUUCUCAGCCCUGCCCUUAAGGAAGAAAGCCCGACAUUGCGCAGUAAGUUCUGGUGUGUGUUAAUAUAAUAAAUACUAGCUGCAUGUCAGCAGUCACUGGCGUCCUUCAGAAGAUGAUGUGCGGCAGUCAUUUCAAAGCACUUUCAUGCAUUUAUGCUGAGUUCACACACCCAUCAAUUCAGAUGUUUCUUGUCUAACCAACAAAUCUGCCAAAAGAGUAUUGAAAUUUUUCUUUGAGCUUUGAGUUUCUAUUUAUGAAUAAGAGUCCUUUAUCUUUUGUUUUUUUUAAUGGCCUCGUGGACCAAAAAAAAAAGUCUGUUUUAAAACUUAGCCACAACUAGC